AUGAGGUGUAUUAGAGUGGCUAUAUUCAUAGAAAAGAGUCGAAGAACUAGUCUUGAUGUUGUGCUUGCCUUGCACGAAAAAGAGGAAAGAAAUGGAUCAAAAUUUACCUGGCAAGGUCCAAAAUGGGGACAUCUUGAUAGAAUCUAUAAAAGGCUGGACAGAAUUGUGACCAAUAGCUCUUGGAGAAUUGAUUUUGAGGAUGCUACAGUAGCUCAUCUCUUCAAAACUCAAUCAGAUCAUAAUCCUUUGCUGCUUAAAUUAUCUGGUAACAGUAAGCAGAAAGGGAAAAGACCUUUUAGGUUUAUUGCUGCUUGGCAACAACACCCUGAUUUCCAAAAAAUUUUUAAUGAUCAUUGGUUAAAGGAGUUUGAUGUGCCUUAUAUGCUGCAUAGGAUAGUGCCUGAUUUGAGGAAGUGGAAUAGAACAGAAGAGAAUUUACAACAGCAUUUGAACACUGUCUUAGAAGAGGAAGAAUUGUUGUGGUUUCAAAAAUCUAGACAUCAAUGGAUUGUGGACGGGAAUAGCAAUACUAGAUUCUACCACCUGAAUACAAUUAUCAGAAGAAAUGAGAAUAAAAUUGCCAGAUUGAAGAAUGAUAGUAAUCAGUGGAUUGAGGAGCCCGAGGAUCUUAAAAGGGUAGCUUGUAAUUUUUUUCUUAGUUUGUUCAAAGAAGAGAAAGCUGAUAGAAGGUGGUUAAUUUCUCAGAAUAUGUGGCUAGCUCUACUAUCAGAGGAUAUUCAAAUGUUAGCCAGGCUUCCUACUCAGAAUGAAAUUAAGAAGGUCCUUUUUGAUAUGGCUCCUCUCAAAGCACCAGUAUAG